AUGGGCUUGUUACAAGCCGUCCUCCACGCUCGGAACCUGCUGCUGGUCAUCGGAGUCCCCCUGCUGCUGCUGCCUCUGCCCAUCCUCCACCCCAGCAGUGAGGCUUCGUGUGCUUACGUGUUGAUCGUGACGGCUGUGUAUUGGGUGUCAGAGGCGGUGCCUCUAGGAGCUGCAGCCCUGGUGCCUGCUUUCCUCUACCCGUUCUUCGGAGUUCUCCGAUCCAGUGAGGUGGCUGCUGAGUACUUCAAGAACACCACGCUGCUACUGGUGGGGGUCAUCUGCGUGGCGGCGGCCGUAGAGAAGUGGAACCUACACAAGCGCAUCGCCCUGCGCAUGGUCCUGAUGGCUGGAGCCAAGCCAGGCAUGCUGCUGCUCUGCUUCAUGUGCUGCACCACCAUGCUGUCCAUGUGGCUGUCCAAUACCUCCACGACCGCCAUGGUGAUGCCCAUCGUGGAGGCCGUGCUGCAGGAGCUCAUCAAUGCUGAGGACGAGCAAGUCAUGGCGGCCAACGCUAGCCCAGAAGAGGCCGAGCCUAUCAAUCUUAAUGGAAACAACAGCCAAGCCUCUCUGGAACUCAUCUUUGUCAAUGAAGACUCAUCAACUGCAGACCUCACUUCCCUGAUGCAGAACAAGAACCUGAAUGGUAUGCCUGCCAUCACCAACGCCAUCAAAGCAGCGAGCCAACACCAGGGCAAGAAACAGCACCCACUUCCGGAAAAGCCACGAGCCCUGACGCCCCAUCCCCAGAACCAGGAACUGAACAGGAAGUACAGGUCCCAGCAUGACCAAAUGAUCUGCAAGUGCCUUUCUCUGAGCAUAUCCUACGCCGCUACCAUUGGUGGCCUAACCACCAUCAUUGGUACCUCCACCAGCCUAAUUUUCCUGGAACACUUCAACAACCAGUACCCGGCCGCGGAGGUGGUGAACUUUGGCACCUGGUUUCUCUUCAGCUUUCCCAUCUCCCUCAUCAUGUUGGUCGUCAGCUGGUUCUGGAUGCACUGGCUCUUCCUGGGCUGCAACUUUAAAGAGACCUGUUCUCUGAGCAAGAAGAAGAAGACCAAAAGGGAAGAGCUGUCCGAGAAGAGGAUCCAGGCAGAAUACGAAAAGCUGGGUGACAUUAGCUAUCCUGAAAUGGUGACUGGAUUUUUCUUCAUCCUGAUGACCGUGCUGUGGUUUACCCGGGAACCGGGCUUCGUCCCUGGCUGGGAUUCCUUCUUUGAAAAGAAAGGCUACCGCACGGAUGCUACGGUCUCUGUCUUCCUUGGUUUCCUCCUCUUCCUCAUUCCAGCCAAGAAACCCUGCUUUGGAAAGAAGAAUGAAGGGGUGAGCCGGGAGUCGUCCCGGAAGAUAGAGCCCAUUAUCACAUGGAAAGACUUCCAGAAAACCAUGCCUUGGGAGAUCGUCAUUCUGGUGGGAGGAGGCUAUGCUCUGGCUUCAGGAAGCAAGAGCUCCGGCCUCUCCACCUGGAUCGGGCACCAGAUGCUGUCUCUGAGCAGCCUCCCGCCGUGGGCUGUCACCCUGCUGGCGUGCAUCCUGGUGUCCAUUGUCACAGAGUUUGUCAGCAACCCAGCCACCAUCACUAUCUUCCUGCCCAUCCUGUGCAGCCUGUCUGAAACGCUGCACAUUAACCCGCUCUACACCCUGAUCCCAGUCACCAUGUGCAUCUCCUUUGCAGUGAUGCUGCCCGUAGGCAACCCCCCCAAUGCCAUCGUCUUCAGCUAUGGGCACUGCCAGAUCAAAGAUAUGGUGAAAGCUGGCUUGGGAGUCAAUGUCAUUGGCCUGGUCAUCGUGAUGGUGGCCAUCAACACCUGGGGUAUUAGUCUCUUCCACCUGGACACUUUCCCAGCCUGGGCUAAGGUCAGCAACAUCACCGAUCAGGCCUAA